AAAUGUCUCUUAUUAAGUGCUUUGCAUUAUAUGACUGCUCAAAAGAAUAGUUCUAUUUAAUUUCAGGUGAUAAGGCUUUCCUUGCUACCUAAAUAAGCACUAUAAAACUAGAAUUGCAGUCCAAGCUUAUUGAAAUCAAAUCUUAACUCCUUCAAUCAUUUUAAUUUAAAUCAACAUUAGGAUGCUAUCAAUGUCAACGUGAUGCUACUUAAAGUAAUAUUACUAUUUUAUGCUGAAGGAUAUUAUUUUAUUUUACUUUCUAAUCCUGAAUUACAAGAAAAGUGCUAAACAAAAACUUUGGAUUAGAUCUCUAAGUAUAUUCAAGAAGUCCCCAAAUAUAAUUAAGUACAUCAGGUUAAAAACUAAAUUAGUUGUCAUCUGAAGAGCUUUAAAAUUAAAAACAGAAGGCAAUUGAAAAUUUGAUUGAAGACUGUGAGAAUCAAUUAAGGAGGGACACCAAGGCCAAUCAUGAUUCUGUCAUUGAUUACGAAUAAGAGGGACUUCUUAUUUCAAAUUCAGGUAAUGUGUUUAAUUCAAACCAAAAUAUAUUUCAAAGUCAAGCAGUAAAAUAAUGUUUUAUUCAAGAACCUCAGACAUGGAUUCAAUACAGAUAAAGAUUUCAGCAUUGAAACCUUGACCAAGGUUUUCAGAUGCUUUAUGAUGUAUGAUUAUAAUAGACAAUUCUUUUUCAUGUUCAUUAGAAGAGGGUUUCCUAUUGAUAAGACAUGGUCCAAUGAAAGAAACAAAUUAGAAAAAGAAAUAAUGAAGAAACUCUUAGAUCCAGAUGAUCCUAAAGCAAAACCUUAGGAACCACCUUUGACUUUCAAAUAUAAAGGGGAUUUCGGAGUUUAUUAAGCUAGAUAUGAUAAAUCAGCAAGUAUGUUAUUUUGGAAUUGAUUUUAGAAUGUUAUUUUAUACUACUAUCAAGAUUUGGUGUAAAAGAAGAUUUCUAGAAAUCCCUAGUAAAUAAAAUUUAUGAUGAGAUCCAAAAAAUUAAAAACUAUAUUACAGUACUAAAAAAAUCUCUAAAAUUUAGCUUAAAUAUGAUUCAUUGGAACACAAAGUGAAGAGAAAUGUUGAAUAGUUGAUUAAUAAUUAUGAGGACGAAAUCAUACAAUAUAUGGAUUAGAAUUUAGUUGAUUAAAAGUUGUUUGAAAAGAAAUAUCAAAUAUUAUAAUAGAAUCCAGUUUAAAUUUAUUAAGAAGAAAAAAGAUCUCCUUUGGUGGAACAACAAAAUAAUGAAAUGAAGGAUGCCUUAAUUAUAUAAUAAUAGUACAUACUAGAUGAAGAUGAUAUAAUACCUUAGAUGACUGAAUUAAAUGAAAAAAACGAUAAACAACAGUUAUAUUACUCACACAAUAACUUAACCAAUAAUAAGCUAAAAAAAAUGAGGUCAUCAUGA